UAAAAAUAAUAUUCAACAUAUAACACCAUCUCAGUUACGAUUAAUGUAUGAUGAUAUUGUUUAUCAGUUGAAAAUGGAUCGAUCACAAAAUGUCUAUGAAAGAAAUUUGCAUAUUCUCUAUGAUAUUGUCAAUGUUUUAGAAGAUGUUGACGGCCAAAUAUUAAUUGAUUCAUCGUUAAUUAAUCAUGAAUUUUACGCUAAAUUACGAGAUAUUUUACGCGAGAUAUUAAGAAAAUGGCAUCGUAAACGUACUGAUGUUCCAUUAACAAAACAAGAAUCAUUUAUAUUUCGUAAUACAAGUAAAAUUCUGUUAAAUAUGACUCAUUCUGUUAAUGAUCAAACGGAUCGUUCAGUAAUGAAUGAAUUGUUAUUAAAUGAACAAUUUAUUGAAUCAAUCAAGGAUUGUUUAGAAGAUGUGGCAUUGCAUGGAAAAUAUUUAAAUGAUAAAAAUUUAAAACAUUUUGAUCGUCUAAUUGAUGUUCUUGCCGAUUAUCAACGACAAAAUAAA